AUGGCUAAAGUUGAAAUAUUCGAAACAGACCGUGGUAAACAAGCAGUUCAAUUCGAAGGAUAUAGAACUCCACAUUCGUACGAUCCAGAUCCAGAAAAAGUUGUUGUUGAUAUGAAAAAAAGAUGUGACCAUCAGCUUCCAUACGCUGCUUUUCAAGCAUCUAGUCAAGUUGUCACUGAUCCACAAAUAGCAGCCGCAAUACCCAGUUUUGAAAGUCUUAGGUCUACAUUAUAUCGACAUAAAGGAAAUAAAAAUGAACUACCGACACCAACAUCGUUGCGAAAUCUUUGUAUUCUGGAUAAAUAUGGAAAAUUGUGUACAGGAGAAAAUUUCUUAUAUUCACAGUUCAGGAUAUGUGGUACUCGUGACAGACCACGGGCUUCGUUUGUUGUUUAA